AUGCUUCUCGAUAAUUUUCAUCUAAGUACAGAUGACCUGAGUGAUGAAGCUAAACAACGAUUUCCUUUUUACAUCGACAUUCAAAACAGUCUCGACUUCUUUGGUCACACUGUUCUCAAAAAUCAAAGUAUCACCGCUGGUGGACGACACAUUCUAUGCACUCGGAUUAUUCAAAAUUAUACAACUGUGAAAAGUAUACUGAACUAUCUGGCUAAGAUAUCAUCACAAUCGAAUGAAAAAGUCAGUGAUGUACCAAUGGUCGUCAUAUGUGGUCUACCUCGGACUGGUACAACACUGUUGUAUAAUUUGAUGGCUUGUGAUCCAUUUUGUCGAGCUCCUCUUCUAAGCGACAUGUCAAUCAGUCCGAUUCCACCUAUUCCACGCUCAGAUAUGGAAGAACACAAACGACGAAUGACAAAUGAAGGAAUUCUUAUGAUGCAAGUGUUUCAAACAGCUGGAUGUGACUUUCAACAGUAUUCGAAAGUUCUAUCCUCAGUACAUCCGUUGCUUCCUUUAGAAGAGGAUGUAGCACUAUUAGACAGUGCAGAUGUCAAGAUUGUUCUUUGUAAUCUUGUUUCGAAACAAGAAAAUUUGGUUACGCAUUUUACAGACAAACAAAACAGUAAUUAUAUGUAUGAUUAUCAUCAAACUGUGCUACAAAUGCUACAUGAUGUGGAUCCACCUCGCAUACAUUGGUUAUUGAAAAGUCCAGUGCACACAUUUUGGCUGAAUACUUUAAUGAAAUAUUAUCCGCAAGCAUCACUGAUUAUGUCUCAUCGUCGUCUCAAUGAAGUAUUACCAUCAUCUUGUCGUAUCGCUCUUGCUUUGAGUAAUAUCUAUUUCAAUGAAGACGACUUAGCCAGUAUGAAAACAGUUAUCGAACAAACUAGUGAUAUUAUCGAUAUCUGGAUAGAGCGUCUGAUCGAGUUUCGACUUCAACAACCGCCUGGAGAAAAAAUUUUUGACAUUCAAUAUGAAGAUCUUUUGAAAGAUCCUAUCGGUACUGUACAUCGUAUUUACGAUCAUUUUCAUUUCCUACAAUGGUCUAACGAGUUUGAGAAAUCAAUGCGUACAUGGCUGGUCAACAAUCCUCAACAAAAACAAGUUCAGAGCUCGUAUUUCCUCGAUCAGCUUGGCUUAAACGAGAACACUAACCAAGAACUAUACGAGAAAUAUGAGAAAAUGUUUCUGUCAUAG